AUGGCUGGCGAUGCCGUUAUGCCCCUUGUAGGCCGGAAAAUGAUGAGAAAGCUAGGUGGUAUAGCGAAUGAAAAUGCAGCGGCUGAGAUUUCAACCUUUGCACGUCGUCAGAUGGAGAUGAUGGGCUGGUCUGCUGGCAAAGGUCUGGGCAAGAAUGAGCAAGGCAUUACAUCGCACGUCAAGGUAAAGCGGCGAGAGGAGCUACAGGGUGUUGGUGCGGAAAAAGAGGAAAUGAAGGAACAGCAGAACCAAUGGUGGUACAAUGUUUAUGACCGCAUGGCUAGUAAGAUUGUAGUCGACACAUCAUUGGAAGAAGUGGAUCUAGACAAAGAAAAGAAGAAGACGAAGAAAGUGGUGAAAAAAGAUAAGAGAAAACGAAACGAGAAUAAAGGAGAAACAUAUCGAAUUCCUACAGAUGAAGAGCUGUUUGCUGCAACAGGUGGAAAACUUUUUGGACGUAGAGCGUAUGGAUCUUGCAAUGGAAAACUUCGACGGGAUGAGAUGCAGCUGAAGAAAGCAAAGACCCAAGAGAGCCAAGCACCGAUGACAACUACAUCUGGUAUUGGUGACGUUACAGAGAACGAAAAAGAAAGAAAACGGGUCAAGAAGGAAGCUAAGAAAUUGAAGAAGAAGAAGACAAAGAAAGCUGGAAAACGCAAAGAUUUGUGA